AUUGAACGAUAGCAAAUCCAAUCACACUCUUUAACCACUUUGACUUUUUCAUCAUGUUUUCUCAUAAAUUCAUUCCUUUUCUUUUGGCCUCCGCCAUACCUUCCGUCCUGGCUGACGGAUACAGCAACAUCGAUCGGUCUGCCACCGCGGGAGCCCAGUCUCUCCUCCGACUGAUCCAAUCCCGGUUCGGAUCGCAGUAUCUCUCCGGCCAGCAGGAUCUGGCCAGCCUCCAAUGGGUGCAGGAAAACAUUGGAAAGACCCCUGCCAUCCUCGGCAGUGAUUUCAUGGAUUACACGCCCUAUUCUGUUGAGCACGGGGCUAGUUCCAACGCCACCGAGGACGCCAUCAACUUCCACCACCAAGGCGGUAUCAACGCACUCGUCUGGCACUGGCGCGCACCUGCCUGCCUCUACGACACCGCUGAACAGCCCUGGUACGAGGGUUUCUACACCAAGGCAACCUGCUUCGACGGCAAAAAGGCCCUCGCCGAAGCGAGCCGCAACGGAACCAACUACAACCUCCUGCUUCGUGACAUUGACGCCAUCGCCGCGCAAAUCAAGCGUCUCUCUGCAGCUAACGUUCCGAUCUUGUUUCGUCCCCUGCACGAGCCGGAGGGCGCAUGGUUCUGGUGGGGCGCUCAAGGGCCCGAUACAUUCCUCGAACUCUGGGAUCUCGUCUACACUCGAAUCACGGUGCAUCAUAACCUGCACAAUAUCGUUUGGGUAUGCAACACCGCCGACCCGAAGUGGUACCCUGGCAACGACAAGUGUGAUAUCGCCACAAUCGACCAUUACGCUGACGCUGGGGAUCACGGAGUCCUUGAGAAGAAAUGGCAUGCGCUCUAUGAGGUGACUGGCGGUCAGCGGGUGCUGGCGUUAGCUGAAGUCGGCGUCAUUCCGGAUCCGGAGCAGCAGGCCAAGACUAACACGCACUGGGCCUACUGGAUGGUGUGGUCUGAUGACUUUAUCAAGGACGGCAAGUCUAACUCCAAAGAGUUUCUUCAGCAGGUGUACGACAGUCCUCAUGUUGUCACGUUGGAGGAUGCUCAGAAACCUGGCAAUGGAACGGUCUCGCGCCGUCGACGGUUUUAGGGAUGGGUUUAGGCUGGAUCUGAGUACUUGGUUAUCCUUUUUGCCCUGCCUGUCUAUCAAGCUUCUGUGCCUACUUAUGUAGACUUGGGUGUAUUUAUAGGUGGUUGUAAUGAUGCGGUGAUAGACACUAGUCGCUCUUUGAAUUCAUUCCGUGUUCUUGCCGUGCCAAGGCUCCCUCGUUCCAUCGCCUCGCUCAACCGAUGUCUCAAC